CCCACUUCACCCAGUUGUAUCCUCCCACUUCACCCAGUUCUAUCUUCUCACUACAACCAGUUAUAUCUUCUCACUUCACCCAGUUCUAUCUUCUCACUUCACCCAGUUCUAUCCUCCCACUUCACCCAGUUCUAUCUUCUCACUUCACCCAGUUCUAUCCUCUCACUUCACCCAGUUCUAUCUUCUCACUACAACACUUCACCCAGUUCUAUCCUCUCACUUCACCCAGUUCUAUCUUCUCACUUCAUCCAGUUCUAUCCUCUCACUUCACCCAGUUCUAUCCUCUCACUUCACCCAGUUCUAUCGUCUCACUUCACCCAGUUCUAUCCUCUCAUUCACCUAGUUCUAUCCUCUCACUUCACCCAGUUCUAUCUCAACACUUCACCCAGUUCUAUCCUCUCACUUCACCCAGUUCUAUCGUCCCACUUCACCCAGUUCUAUCUUCUCAAUUCACCUAGUUCUAUCCUCUCACUUCACCCAGUUCUAUCCUCUCACUUCACCCAGUUCUAUCUUCUCACUACACCUAGAUCUAUCCUCUCACUUCACCCAUUUCUAUCCUCUCACUUCACCUAG